UUUCGUUGACUCGAUCCAUUGUGCGGCGUCCCUCCAUAGCACGGCCGUAUGGCGGGAAAAAUCAAGCAGUUCAUCAUUUGAAAAUAUGUUGUCACAUACUUUAUGCUCAUGCCACCGUAAUAUGUAAGCUCAACAAGUAGUAUUGUUCCAUUGACUUGGAUUGUUGACAUUCACCUUGUUCAAUUUUGAUGGGCUACAUUUUAGUUGCCACAACGGGAUGCGACGAAUCGCCGGCAUCCGGCUCUCUCGAAUGUUAUCGCAGCACUGACUCUGUUUGCGCAAUCAACCUAUGCUAUCCUCGCCGUGUAAACAUUCAGUGUUGCGAAUAAACUAUCAUAAAAGAGACCCCCUUUUUUAAGUUCUUCAUUGAUCAAAAGUUGUUUCCGUCUAGAUUAGUCCCAUUUUGAUCAGCUGACGUUGAGAAACCGUCAAAAGUUCGAGUACAAAAUAACAGUUCUGAAUAAUUUACCACUUGGUUUUCAUUAUUAUUGACUAUGAGUAAAGUCACUGACAAUGUGUGUGAAUCAAGAUAAUUCAUUCGAUGAACCGUACAAUACGUACUUCGAAAAAAAAAUAUAAAACUGCUUGCUCCGGAAGUGUUAUCCCUUCAACUUGAAUUUGAAGAAUUUAUUGUGGAUUUGCCAAAAUGCCAGGACAUCAAACUGAUGAUAAUAAAAUAUCGGUGAUUGAUGUGAACGGUGACAAUGAGGAUCAACUGGGAAUACGAGGAUACAAAGUAUCUCGGGUUUUCCAGACUAUCUCGUGGGUUGGCAUUGUUUCUACCCUGGGAGCUUUGCGACUUCUCUUCUAUUGGUAUCCUCGCCUGCAUCUCUAUGCGACUCACAAACCAUGUUCGUUUGACGAAGCUGACUCUUUACUUCUGGCGGAACGUAAUGACAAAAGAGUGAUCGGGUAUCACGUGAAGAGAAUGAAGAUAUUGAAUCCUCUGACACUCAGUGAAGCAGAAAAACUUGCCGAAGGAAAGGUUAACAGCCAGCAAAGGCGAUCGAAGAUUGAAUUCCACGUGAGCGGAGGAAAUUUUAAAAGUUUAGAGUCCGUUAAAGUAUUUGACUUCAAGAAGCAGCGCUACGUAUGGAAUCCUGAGUGCUUGACAUUUGAUCGAUUACGUGGACUCGAUUAUGAGAUGCCAGUUUCGUUACUGACCAAAAAAGAUGGUUUAUCAAUGCAGGAGCGUAAUGCAAGGCGAGGAAUUUACGGUCCGAACGAGAUAACAAUCCCUGAGAGCAGUAUUACGGCGUUACUAUUUAAAGAGAUUAUUAAUCCGUUUUACGUCUUUGAGAUAUUCUCCCUUUUCCUGUGGGCACUCGAAGAAUACUACCUUUUUUCGCUCACUAUAUUCACUUUAUCUCUUGCCAGCGUGGUGGCAGCCGUUUAUCAAGCCCGUAAGACGCAAACGACUCUCCGAAACUUGGUUGAGUCUCCGACGUUCGUUGAAGUUCGUACCGACGGUAAAAGAGAGACGCUACCGACGCAGCUGUUGGUUCCCGGAGAUUUGCUCACGCUCCCGCCGGCUGGAUGCAUUCUCAUGUGUGACGCUGUCCUCAUCCAUGGCACAUGCAUCGUCGAUGAGAGCACCUUAACCGGCGAAAGUGUUCCGGUCACCAAGACCGCUAUAUGGCGGGAGGGCGCGGUGGUGGGCGAGGACAUUUACGAUGAGAGGGUGGACAGCGGAAGCACCCUGUACUGCGGGACGAGGGUAGUCCAGUCGCGGAAGAACGGUCGUGAAGGGGAGGUUUUGGCCGUCUGCAUUCGGACGGGCUUUGCCACGACCAAGGGCGCCGUCGUCAGGGCCGUCCUCUACCCCCCACCCCUCGACUUCAAGUUUGAAAAAGACAGUUACAAGUUCGUCGCCUGCUUAGCUUCUGUCGCUUCCAUCGCCUUCGUCUAUACUAUCUACGACAAGCUACGUAAGCACACACUGAUUCAUGCCAUAUUCUAUGGAUUGGAUCUGAUCACGAUCGUGGUACCGCCCGCGUUACCGGCGGCCAUGACGGUCGGCAGCAUGCAUGCACAAGCCAGGCUAAAGCGCCGUUCUGCCGUCUUCUGCCUCUCGCCCAGAGCCAUCAACGUCGCCGGCGGAAUUGAUUGCGUCUGUUUUGACAAGACCGGCACCUUGACUGAGGAUACUCUGGAUCUGUGGGGCGUGGUUCCAAUCGAAAAUGGCCAAAUAUGCCAACCUACACGGGAUCCAUCAACCGUGCCAUGCGACUCUCACUUAUCAGCCGCAUUGGCAUCUUGUCAUUCACUCACGAUUGUAAACGGUGAAUUGGUGGGAGACCCUCUCGACUUAAAGAUGUUUCGGAGCAACGAUUGGAUUUUAGAGGAGCCAAAGAUCGAUAAUGAGAGCCAGUUCGAUCCUCCGAUCACCAGUGUGCUUCGCCCGAGAAGACAGGCUGAAUUACGAACAGCAGUCGGUGUCGUCAAACAACUGCCAUUCAGCUCUGAUCUUUCUCGAAUGAGCGUGGUCUGUCAAAACCUGACGGACGGCAAGUUUACGGUGUACUGUAAAGGGGCACCUGAAAUCAUAUUUUCUUUAUGCCAGCCUCAAUUAGUUCCCAGGGACUGCGAAGUGACUCUCCAGCACUACACACAAAAAGGGUAUCGGGUCAUCGCAAUAGCUUACAGAGAACUCGAAGCGCCUUGGUUUGAGAUAAAAACCACAAAACGAGAGGAUCUGGAGUGGAAUUUGAAUCCACUCGGUCUGAUAGCUUUCGAAAACCCACUUAAGCCAGGCUGCUCGGAAGUCAUGCGAGAGCUGCAUAAUGCCAACAUCCGAACUAUUAUGGUCACAGGAGACAACCUACAGACAGCUUUGAGUGUCGCAAGAAACUGCGAAAUGAUUCAAGCAGACAAAUCCAUCCAAGAAAUUCGAAUCAGUUCACUUGCCUGUGCUCAUUCGUCACUCACUCCUACCGCCGUCACGGGUAUUGACAUUAAUCCAGUCAACUUCAACGAGAAGAUCGUGGAGAAUUUACGUAUAGAGGGCGAAGAAAAGUCAAAUGGAACGGACAGAAUGUGCGUGGCGCUAACUGGAGAAACGUGGAGUUACAUCAAGAUAAACGCUCCUGAACUGGUUUCCAACAUCCUCAAUCAAGGAAUAGUAUUCGCACGCAUGAGCCCAGGGCAGAAGCAACAGCUCGUACAGGAUCUCCAAGCUCAAGGAUUUUGUGUGGGGAUGGUUGGCGACGGGGCGAACGACUGCGGGGCCCUGGGGGCGGCCAACGCCGGGAUCUCCCUUUCGGACGCAGAGGCGUCGGCGGCCUCGGCUUUCACGGCGCGGACUCGGGGGGUCCACGCUGUGCUGGCCGUUCUCAAGGAGGGUCGCGCCGCACUCACCACCUCCUUCGGCCUCUUCAAGUACAUGGCCGCCUACUCCCUCACCGAGUUCACCAGCGUCAUGCUCCUCUAUUCCCAGGACUCCAAUUUUUCCGACCUUCAGUAUCUGUACAUUGACCUGGGGCUCAUAACCGUCUUCGCCUACCUUUUGAGCCAUGGUCCGCCAUCCUAUGGUGCCCUCGUGAAGAAUGCUCCUGAAACCUCGCUGCUAUCUCGCGGCCCCUUGCUGUCUCUGCUGGUUCAAUUAGGGAUCAUGGGUGUGUUCCAAAUGGCCGCGUUUUAUGCUGUCCCUCAUUCCCGAAACUACGGCAUUUUCGUGAUAUCCAGCGUCCAGUACGUCCUGCUGGCUUUUGUCUUCUUCCACGGUCCUCCGCAUCGGGCCCCCAUGAGCCAGGACUGGCUCUUCAUCGGCACGACGAUCCUUGCGCUACUUUUCAUGCUCUACCUCAUGUUCUUCCCGGCUGACGUCAUCGAAAAGUUGUUCGAUCUCAAAUCACCAGAUAAAGUAAAGGACCGACUGCUGGUUUUGUUCUUAAUUUUGGCCAACAUUUUUUCCGCCAUCGUGAUCGAGCAAAUUCUCCGCAUAUAUGCCACUUUACCCAGGUGGACUGACUGGCAUCUCCUCGCUCAACGUUUUUAUAGGAUUUGCCAAUCUCAUCGCUAGUCUACUUGUCACUAUCUUAGUCUUUUCCACAAAGAUAAAAGAAACUGCGCACCUCUACGAAAUUUAAGAAUCUGUCGUAGGGAAUGCUAAAAUGUACCAAAAGGCGGGGAGAGGGGAUCAUGCUGAUGAGACCCUCGGAUAUCAAUAUUUUCAAAAUCCGAAAAAAGUUACUUUAUCAGGACGGUCACCAACUUUUUACUGCCCGACCUUAACUUUGGAAAAAGAUGCAAAAACGAUCCACCCAAUUCAGAGUGUCUAUAGCUUCCCCUCAAAUGACUCCAAAA